GAUUGUAUGCAUCCUAGACAGAAUCUUUACAGCAGUCAAAACAGAAAUUCAGAAUAACUUUGCCAAGACCUAGCGCAACACAAGAAUGUAUAUUUAUUUUAUAUCGAGUCAACGCUCUCCGACAGCGUCCAUCAGCAAGUUAUUUUAAUUUUAUGGAAAACUUUUAACAAGAUAGUCGAAGACUGAAAUAUUCAUGUCAUAAUGUGCUGUAGAAAAGUUAACGGAGGUUAGUGAAACAGUUCUCAGUAGCCUACACAACCACUAACCUUUCUAAAUUGUAAUUUGUGCGUAGAGCUAUUGGUAUUUUAGGCUGACCGAUUCAAGACUUACAAAUGCAACUACCUGUAUUCUGAGUCCAAGUUGUAGUUGUUGGUGAUGUCAUUCACAUUUAGAAAAAUACAUUCAUUCAGAAUGGAAAUAGUUUUGUUUGGUCGGUUUUAACUUUUUCUCAAUCAGAUGUGCGACAUAGGUCUUUAUUUUAUCACAUGCACGGUGCUCGACUAACGCAAUUUGGGUGUUUUUGUGUUAUAACGUUGCUGCUAACCAGCUUAAACUGCAGCAUUUUGUACAGUAGGAGUGUUAAUUAGCGUAGCAUCGGCGAGUUUAGUCGUCUAGCUAAACAUGAAUAACUUGCUGAAUAUCGCGGAUGAAUGGCUUAACAGAGCAUUGACACGACAACAGACAGCUCAAUGAAGUAACUGUACAAUUACAGUUAACGCAAUCAGGUAUUUAGCCAAACGGGGUUAACUAAACCUUCCAAAGGCAGCUGACUAGAACAGCUAGCAAGUGUUCAAAAAACAAGCUAAUGUCGUCGGAACGACCUGUCGCUAAUGGGGCCCCUGGCCUUCUUCGCGGACUGCGAACAAGAUCCUACGGAAGUAUUGUCAAUUCCUCCUUGUCACCUGUGCGGCAGAAGCGCAUCGAACAUGAAGUGCAACCAGGAGAGACACUUCAAGGACUGUCUCUAAAGUAUGGCGUUUCAAUGGAAGACAUUAAACGAGCCAACAGACUGUACACAAAUGACUCCAUAUUCCUCAAGAAGUCCCUCUCCAUCCCUGUGCUGUCGGCGUUGGAUGCAGGCCUGUUCAGCAAUGGAGAGGAGGUCUCGAAUGAAGAAAUAUGUCAAGAACACUGUGUGGUCAAAGAGGAUCCAGUCAAGAAUGGAACAGUAGUGAGAGAAUCCACACAAGAGUGCAGCCCAUCAGAUCUUUCACCCAUGGAUUAUCUGAAUCGAAUUGACAGUUUGAUCUCCCAGUCUAAACAAGCGGCCGCAAAGACGUGUGGAGAGGAUAAAAGGUAUGAAACAGAAGACCCACCUCACACUAUCAGAAGGUCUCGAAGCCAAAUGUCAUCCUCUCGCAGCCGGCCAGCUCCCUCACAUGCACGGCAGUCUCAGAACUUAAGUGGAGCUCUUCCACUCACCAUCACCAAACGCACUAAGAAACUACAGGAGAGGGAGGAUGAGAUUUUUCAGCUGUAACCUUUCCAUUGACACAUUUUUUAAAAUCUUCCACGUUUUUUUUGUCCGACAUUAAUGGUGUUGCCCAACCUUUCUGCAGUGAAGCAAAGUACAGAAGGUCACAUUUACAUGUUAUAUCUUAAGUCAUGUAGUUGGGUAGUAGAGAUGUAGCAAGUUGAUGAUUUGUGUCAAAUUGAGCAGAUUCUCUACAAAAGAUAAGUUUUAAUAGUAGUGGAGAAAGUUUGUAGUGUCAAGCCUGGUUUUGCCAUACCAUUGUAUUCAUUUCAUUUGCACAGAUGAUAUAGAACUACCAAAUUGAUAAAUGUUUAGUGGAGGGAGCAGUGAACUCUGUUGAAAUUUCAAACACACAUUCUGACUUCUACAAGCGCUAAUAUUUGUUGUUCACGACAUUGAAAAACAAUUACUGGUGGGACGGGUGAAAUCUGUUGAUGUUCAAAAUGUGUAACCCCCUCGCUCAAUCCUCCUCAAUUUGCUGAUUAGCCAAUUUUCUGACUAAUCUCCUCCCAGAAGUCAAGUUCCACACCCUUUGUAAGAAAUGAUUUAUUACUGUUACUAUUAUUAUUUAAUUGUUGAAUAUUUGUAUUUAGUUUGAGGAGAUGGUAAGAUCAGGCUAUGAAGUGCCUGCCACUACACCCUCCUUAUGUGUUCAUUUAAGUACUGUUCUCCAAAGACCUACGCCAUUUUAUAAAUGUGUGACCUCUCAGCUCUGUAAUGCCACAAAGCCAAUUGUAAGGAUGAAAGUGAUCGUAUGGGCACAGUUUACAUACAUGUUAUAUUGGCAACAAAAUAUUGACUUAUUGUUCCCUGAUGAGUUCACACCAAGUAAACAAAAUUGUGUCUGAGAACACAUGUAGCUAUUGUUUAUCAGUGUUUUCCAAACUGUGGUACCUAAAAGAAUGCAAACUAUGUAGUCUGGCCAACCAAUGCAUAGACGUACAAUGCGGCAGAAGUGCAAACGCAAUUUGGUUCAAUACAACUUUCCCCUGCCUAUGUACUCCACUGCUAUAUGGAGGCUUUACAUGUCAUGUCUGGAGAUGAAAUGCGUCAAAGGGGUACACAAUGUUAAACAGUUUGGGAAGCACUGAUUUAUGUAAUGUGAGAUUGGACCAGCCAUUAUGUGGUUAGUUUGAUUGAAUGACCACUUCAGUGCUAACAGAA